UGGUUACAGUUCUUUGUCGUCGCCGUCGUAUAUCCCGUCGCCAACGACCCGUGCCUUGUUGUUUUCUUCUCUUUCUUCACCGAUACCCCCCUCUUUUCCACAUUCACAAUGACUGCUUCCAACGGCGUCAACGGCCACGCUGCCACCAACACCAAGCCCCGCAACCAGGGUGCUUUCCUCUUCACCUCCGAGUCCGUCGGUGAGGGUCACCCCGAUAAGAUUUGCGACCAGGUCUCCGAUGCCAUCCUGGACGCCUGCUUGGCCGAGGACCCCCUCUCCAAGGUUGCCUGCGAAUCUGCUGCCAAGACCGGUAUGAUCAUGGUCUUUGGUGAGAUCACCACCAAGGCCAACCUCGACUACCAGAAGGUCAUCCGUGGCGCCAUCAAGGAGAUUGGCUACGACUCGUCCGCCAAGGGCUUCGACUACAACACCUGCAACGUCCUUGUUGCCAUUGAGAAGCAGUCCCCCGAUAUCGCUCAGGGUCUCCACCUGGACGAGGCUCUUGAGAACCUCGGUGCCGGUGACCAGGGUCUCAUGUUCGGUUAUGCCACCGACGAGACCCCCGAGCUGCACCCUCUGUCUCACCUUCUCGCCCACAAGCUCAACAAGGCCAUGUCCGACGCCCGCCGUGACGGCACCCUCCCCUGGCUGCGCCCCGACACCAAGACUCAGGUCACCAUGGAGUACAAGAACGAUGGCGGUGCCGUUGUUCCCCUCCGUGUCCACACUGUUGUCAUCUCUGCCCAGCACGACGAGUCCGUCUCGACCGAGGUCGUCCGCAAGGAGCUCAAGUCCAAGAUCGUCGAGAAGGUCAUCCCUUCGCAGUACCUCGACGAGCACGUCAUUCUCCACCUUCAACCCUCUGGCCUCUUCAUCAUCGGUGGUCCCCAGGGUGAUGCCGGUGUCACUGGUCGCAAGAUCAUUGUCGACACCUACGGUGGCUGGGGUGCCCACGGUGGUGGUGCCUUCUCCGGCAAGGACUUCUCCAAGGUCGACCGCUCUGCUGCCUACCUUGCCCGCUGGGUCGCCAAGUCCCUGGUCGCUGCCGGCCUCUGCCGCCGUGUCCUUGUCCAGCUUUCUUACGCCAUCGGUGUCGCCGAGCCUUGCUCCGUCCACGUCGACUCCUACGGCACUUCCAGCAAGACUACCGAGGAGCUUGUUGAGAUUGUCCGCCAGAACUUCGACAUGAGACCCGGCCCCAUUGCCAAGCAGCUCAACCUCACCCGCCCCAUCUACAACCAGACUGCCAAGUUCGGUCACUUCGGUACUAACCAGGAGUUCACCUGGGAGCAGCCCAAGCAGCUCACCUUCUAAGCGAGCUCGCGACUCUUUUGCACAUUUUUGAUAUGAAAUUAUAAAACUCCGUUGAGGCGAAUCUCAGGGAUUUAUUAGCGGGAGAAUCAACUUCUUCUAGCAUUGCGAACGGCGUUUUUACGAAAUAUUGUCGGUUAUAGAUACUUUAUAUGGUUCCCUCAUCGGAUUUUUACAAAAAGAUGUGGCCAUGGGAAACAGGUUGGAAGCAUGGCGUACGGUUUCAACAAACCAAUAUUCACAC